AUGGCAGAGUGUGGGUGGGUGGGGUAUCACCAGGUAAGGAAUAACAUUCAGCUCAAACUUCUGUUACCCUUCUUCCCCUUCUUUGCUGCUCCACCUCGGGACAGAGGGCGCUUCAGCAUCAUCAAACAGUGCAGAGAAAAGCUCAGCGGAAAUGCUUUGGCUGCCAAGAUCAUUCCCUAUAGGCAGGAAGAAAAGGAAGAUGUGCUCCAGGAGUAUCACAUCCUGAGGAAGCUUCACCACACCAACAUCGGGCAGCUGCAGGGGGCCUACGUGAGCCCACGCCACCUGGUGCUGAUCACAGAACUUUGUGUUGGUCCUGAGCUUCUCAAUGCUUUAGCUGGAAGGCCAUCCUAUUCAGAGGUGGAAAUCAGAGACUAUCUGUGGCAGAUCCUUAGUGCUGUUGAAUACCUCCAUGCACAGAAUAUCCUGCACUUGGAUCUGAGGUCUGAAAAUAUGAUUAUCACUGAACCAAACCUGCUCAAACUCCUGGACUUUGGCAACGCACAGUUCAAUGAACCCAACAGAAUCAUUACCCUCAAUGGGUGCACAGACUAUGUAGAAACUAUGGCUUCAGAACUUCUGGCAGAUAAAGGAGCUGUUCCACAGACAGACAUCUGGGCUGUUGGAGUAACAGCUUUCAUCAUGUAAGUCUUUUCAAGUUUCGUUUUCUUGGGUGCGUGGCUGUUUGGGAAAGGGAUAAUUAACUAUAAAAUCCACCAAAGCACAGCAGAUCUGGAGAAAACAUGCAAAGGAGGCUUGGAGCAGAAAUUCACCAGGAUUCUGUUAUUUCACACAAUAAUAGCCAGUGUGUAAUAAUUGCUUCUUAACCUCUGAUGGCUAAGAAAUGCAUAAACAUUAUUUGUCUCUAUUUGCCCCUCCUGCUUCCACUGCUCCUCUACUGUCCAUUU